CGUUGACAGCCCGUUUGUUUACGUUCUUUUCGUUGGUCUCGUGCUCGCCCCGAUGGUUGCGGUCGGCGGCGAAUUUCCGUGACUUUGGCUGGUAAAAAUGUUCCGAAUGCUUAAUUUGCGCAGUCUAGCACAAAGCAAGAACCGGCUGCUCGCUCACAAAAGUGGAAUCGUGCGGGUGGACGCCACCAGCAGCGUAGUGUACUGCCCGUUCCGAAAAGUGUCCCAUUUAUGUAAUCGGGAGCGAGUGCACAGUCUACUCAUAGCACGAGACAGCACAGCCGUGAACACAAAACGCGUUCACUCGACCACACCGUCAGCAGAGAUUGUAUCGACGCUCGGUGGCAAGAAGGCGAAGCGUAGGCGCUCCAAUGACAACAAAUUUACCGAACUUCUUGCAGUAAAAGAUGGUGAAACCAAAGAAACGAAAGCAACGGUCCAGAAGCUCAAGUCGAAAAAGCUAGCCAACUUUAUACACGGCCAGAUAGCGAUUGAAGCUUGCUCCAGCAGCACACCGCUGUCCGCUUACUCUACAAACAGCGACGAACUACCUCAAACGAGUAAGGCAAGCGCCACUCCUAGCCUUCCCGCAGAUAUGUCCCAUUGGAACUUUGAGGAAACGCCCGUCAUUUACAUUGGCGGCGAGAUGAAGGAGACGGACAUAUCCCCAGACGUGCUUUCGGAGAUUAUCGAAAGCGUGCAGGUGCUGAAGGAAAUACACCAAAAACGGACUCUUCGUGUGAGUGGAGCGCUAGCGCCGCAUGACGAACUAGACCCGAUACUCGAGGAAGAAGCCGGACUGCUGGAAUCAGAAGCGGGACUCGCGGAGGAAGCUGAGCUAGCCUUUGAGGAUCCGGCAGAUUUGGCCGGCACUGUGAAUGCAGCCGGCAGCUCGAGGAAGACAAAGCGUGGAGAUAAACAACAGCAGCAGAACCUCGAUGGUUUGGAAAAGGGGAAAAAGUUUUGCUCAAAGUACUACAAAACCUCCGAGAUAGAGAGUCUCGCCCGGCAGCGCAGCUUCCAGAUGACACUGAACGCUUACCUGGACAUCUGCAUCACGACCGGCAUGGUAAAUCGGGCGUACGCAACCACGCUCAACUAUCGCCACAAGCGCAAACGCCGGGAGUUUGACGUUGGCACGUACAACCAGCUGAUUCAUGCGUAUGCCGGCAAAGGAAACUUUACGCGUGUGAAGGAAAUUGUGCGCGUGAUGGGCGAGGACACGAUCGUAGCGAAUGCACAAACGUACGCAGGUAUACUGGAAUGUCUGGGACGAUUGGAACCGACGGAGGAGGUACUGCGGCAGGCGAAACUGUUCGUUGAUGAGGCGCACAGAGCCGGAUACUCCAUGAACGCAAUACUCGAUCAGAGCAAAUUUGCGUACGAUCAGCGUGACGUGGUGUUGACGCUCUGUCGUCGACUGGAACCGGACUAUUGCCCCGAGUAUCGGGCACCGAUUCUGACCUAUAACAAUCACCUGCUGAAUGCUCUAAACGCAAACGUGUUGCCAAUUGGAAGACAACCCCCGGUGGACGAGGUUUGCGCUGGAUCGGAAAUUAUGACAUCGAAAGCCGGCUUCCGGAGGGAGGAGCUGCAACAGAUGGCUCAGCAGCAGGUGGAUCUGGAAUUGAGCGGAUACUUGACGGUAAAAAGCAUCGAAAAGUUUCCUCCACCAACGGAGCAAGUUAUGCAGUAUCGCAAAGAACUGGAGGAAUUGAAAAAGGUUUGGUCAAAGCAGAUCGCAAUGGCUUUCCAUCGGGACUUUAACACCCUGAAAGCGAUCACGGAAACCAAAUCGUCCCGUACGAUCAAUCUAUUUCCCUACCUGAAAGCCCUCUCGGUAGCACAGUACACGGAGAUCCUACUCGACGAGGUACAGAUGCUACUGGAAGGCUCGGACACAUUCAGCUUUGUAAUGUCACACCUGCACCGGGAGCUGGGCCGCAAAGUGGAGUCUCGCUACCACGUCGAGCAGAAGCGAAUGAACGGAGUGCUGGGAAAGACGUGUGAAAUUUACGACCGGUACACGGCCGCCCUGGCCGAGGGACGAUCGAGCGACAAUCCGAGGCAGCUGUGGCAGCGGUUGGUGCACGAAACACGCAGCUCCGGCCCUAGCAUGGACAUACAGAGCGUGGCGUGGCCCAAGGCGGCCGUGAUGGGCGUCGGAAAGUUCCUGUACAACAUUCUUAAGUGUGAUUUAAAGAUCAACGUGAACGCGACGAACAAAGCGAAUCGAAAGGUGAAGCUUGUGCCGGCGUUUUAUACGCUCUUCCGGUACGAGGCAAAGAUGGCGAAGGAACAGAUUAAACCGCACCCGGUGCUGAUGAAGCUGUACAGGAAAUCGCAGCCGGAUACACUGAAGUUCGACGUAAAUCUUGUCCCGAUGCUGUGUCCGCCGCAGCCUUGGAGCACCCCCCGGAACGGUGGCUACAUCCUGGCCGAGUCGGAUCUCAUUCGAUUGCCCCAUCAGGCGCACCAGCAGACGGAGCGUAUCGAUGACGCAGAUCCGCAGGAUAUGUAUCCAACGCUCGAUGCGCUGAACCAGCUGGCCAGCAUACCGUGGGUCGUCAACGGGCAGAUACUGGACGUGAUCGUGGAGGUGUUUAAUAACGGAGGCAACGCAAAGCUGGACGUACCGGAACCACCGUCCUCGUUGCCACCGGUCACCGAGACGGUCCCGCGGAGCGAGAUGAGUGGGUACGAAAAGUACCAUCUGCUACGAAAGCGUCUCUACCAUCGGCGAAAGCAGGGCGACAUGUAUAGCUUGUGGUGCGAUGCGCUGUACCGUCUCUCGCUGGCGAGUCACUAUCGGGAUAAGGUGUUCUGGUUGCCGCAGAACAUUGACUUCCGGGGUCGGGUGUAUCCGAUUCCGCCCCAUCUAAACCAUCUCGGGCACGAUCUCGCCCGCUGUCUGUUGGUGUUUCAUCAGAAGAAACCGCUCGGGCCGGAUGGUUUCCGAUGGCUGAAGCUUCACUGCAUUAAUCUGACGGGGCUGAAGAAGCGUGACUCGGUGGAGGAGAGGCUACGGUACGCGGAUGAGAUAAUGGACGACAUACUGGACUCGGCCGAUCGACCGCUGACGGGGCGAAUGUGGUGGAGCAACUCGGACGAACCGUGGCAAACGCUCUCCUGCUGCAUGGAAAUAGCGAAGGUGCAUCGAUGUGCCGAUCCGGAAAAGUUUGAAAGUGGCUUCCCGAUCCAUCAGGAUGGUUCCUGCAACGGAUUGCAGCACUAUGCCGCGCUGGGUCGCGACACGCCCGGUGCGAUCAGUGUCAACCUAGCGCCGGCCGAGGUGCCCCAGGAUGUGUACAGCGCAGUGGCGGCACUGGUGGAGGAAAACCGUGCCCGCGAUGCGCAGAACAACGUGAAGGUGGCGGCCGUCCUGGACGGUUUCAUCCGGCGCAAGGUGAUCAAACAAACUGUGAUGACGACGGUGUACGGCGUGACACGGUACGGCGCGCGGAAGCAGAUCGCCCGCCAGCUCGAGUACAUCGACGAGUUCCCGAAGGAGUGGAUCUGGCCCGCCUCGAGCUAUCUGACGGUGAAAACGUUCGAUGCACUGAGCGAGAUGUUCACCUCGGCCAAGGAAAUACAGGACUGGUUCACCGACUGUGCCCGGUUGAUAUCGGCCGUCUGUGCGCAGAACGUGGAGUGGGUGACGCCCCUCGGGCUGCCCGUCGUGCAGCCGUACAAUCGGGCGGAUCGACCGGUGGCCUCCAGCAAGUCCGCCCAGCUGCCGGAACACUUUGCGAUGGAUUCGUACGAGAAGCCCAACAUCAUGAAGCAGAAGAACGCGUUUCCGCCCAAUUUUGUGCAUUCGCUCGAUUCCAGCCACAUGAUGCUGACGUCGCUGUACUGCGAGCGGGCCGGGCUAACGUUCAUAUCCGUGCACGAUUGCUACUGGACGCAUGCCUGCACUGUUCCCACGAUGAACCGGAUUUGUCGCGAGCAGUUUGUAGCGCUGCACUCCGAACCGAUUCUGGAGGAUUUGUCUAAGUUUCUGGUACAGAAGUACAGCUACGAUGAGAAUGAAAUCAGCAACGAUGGUUCGGUUAUUGAUCUCACCAAGCGCAAGCUGAACCGCAUCCUGCAGCAGUGUCCCGAUAAGGGCGACUUCGACCUACGCAAAGUGCUUGAUUCGGUGUACUUCUUCAGCUAGAAAGCAAUCACGCCAAACUUAAAGGAUUGGUCUAGUCAAGCCGGAUCCCAAAAAGAAUCCCAGCUCUCGUGCGGAUGCGCGGUUCCGAUUCCGUGUGGUUCCCAGCAUGCCCAGUAUUCCUAUGCCUAAUGUCCGUUCGCUUUCCGCGCAUACUUAACAUACUAGCCAUUGAUGGACCGGAAAGGAACAUACACACGGCCUCCUCUCCUGCCCCAGUGAGUUUUCCAGUUCAGCGAAGUAAGUUUAUUUUAAAACUUGAAUCAACCGUUGGACGCGCGAGGACAGUUUUUCAGCCGUUGACUAUUGUCAACGCACGUGCUCGAUAGGUUUAGUUGAUUGAUUGGUGAUUUUUGUACGUCUGCCCGUUAGAUAGUGACUCAGCAAACCGUUUAA